AUGUCGGCAACAGUGGAGCAGUUGCAAUCGUCUUACACCACCCACGUUACGCACAAAAAUGCCAGGACCUCCUACCUUGUCACCUACAACUGCUGCUGUUUGUUCGUAUGGUUUCUCAUAGGGCUCCGGACCCUGAUGUUCAAUCCAAUCUACCCUAACAACCGACGGCGGUGGUAUGACAAAGUUGGCUUCCUCGUCAGUCUAGCUACCGCGCUCCCUAUACUCGAAGUCGUCCAUGCCGCCAUUGGCCUGGUUCGAUCGGACGCAGUCACUACCUUCAUGCAAGUGGCUUCUAGAAUGCAUGUCUCAUUUUUCAUUUGGAGGCUGUUGCCAGUCACCCACCUCAUGGCUUCUACAGCCCUGGUUAUUACCGCCUGGACCCUAAGCGAAUUCUGCAGGUAUCCGUUCUACAUUUUUCAACUCAUUAGAAAGGACGUGCCAUACUGCUUGAAAUGGCUCAGGUAUUCUGCUUUCCUGGUCCUGUAUCCCCUAGGUAUCCUCGGCGAAGUCCUUACCAUGGUCAAGGCCGUUGACCUGUUCAAGACAUCCAAAUUCGAACACUGGCCGGUUCCUAUGCCUAAUCGAAUGAACUUCGAACUGAAUCUGAGUUACGUGUACAUGUGGGUCCUGCUCUUGUACGUACCCGGAUCCGUCCACAUGUACUCUCAUAUGUGCCUCCAACGGAAGAAGGCCUUGAAGGGCUGCACGUCCGAUAAAUCUCAGUAA